CGCGCGAAAGUCUGUUUGCUGCAAGUUGUAAAACAUCGUGAAUUUAUGUGGUCAUUGCUGAUAUAAAAUGUUAAAUUUAAAUUGUGUUAUAUGCGCCGAACUGUUUACGCAAUCCGAUGAGGUGUACGUAACAAGUUGCGGCCACAUGUUUCAUCACACUUGCCUCAUGCAAUGGCUGGAACGAUCCAAGACAUGUCCCCAGUGCCGAAACAAAUGCACAACUCGCCAUAUAAUUCGAGUCUACUUCAAUCUGGCCAAUUUGGAUGUGAGUCGCAUUGAUGUGGGAUCGCUGCAGGAGCAGCUUGAUAAUGCCAACCUGGCCAUGAAGAUGAAGGACAAGGAAUACAAUAAGGUCGAAACACAAAUGAAGGAUCUUAAGGCGACCCAAAAAAAGUGCCUCAAAACCAUUGAAGGACUGGAACAGAAACUGCAAAAGAAAGACUUCCUUGUUGGCAGCUAUGUGGCUCAAAUCAACAUGCUAAAAAACGAUGCUCAGGCAAUUGAUCAACUGCGCAAGGAAAACAAAUCAUUGAAGCAGCAAAUACAAACGAUGGAAGGCGUAUCGGCGUUAUUAACAGCCGGCGCUGCAGACGCCGAUCGUCUGCUGAAAAACGAAGCAAAUCCACAUGUACUGGCCAACUGGGUCUCCACAUUGAAGCGAGAGCUGCGUCAAUGUGAGACGAAAAAGACAGAGCUGCGAAAUGUGCUGAAAAUCGUGCAGAAUGAUCUACGCAAAGAAAUGGAACUAAAACGGAAACUUGAGGAGCAGUUAUCUCAACUGGAAAGCGAUCUUUACCAAGCACAAGAAAAGAUAAAGUCCCUGCAAAGUCAGCCAAUUGAUGUGGAUGCAUCCAACAGCUCGUUGGGUCUUAAUACUAACCUGGUUGCUCUGAAGCUCCAGGAGCAACGUAACACCAUCUCACCGGCAACAAAACAAAAUAUUAAGCGAAUUGAAGAGUCUACAUCCCCUUACCUCAACAUUAAGUCGAGCAGCGUGGGCUUGGCUCGGUUUUUGACUGCUCCAAACCAAGCCCAAGCCAGGAUAUCGCCCAUUAAACGAGGCACGGGCAUAAGCAUGACUUCUGGAGCGAUACGUAAGACCACAAGUGAUCUUAGUGAUAAGUACUCAAUUCUGAAGAAGCCAAGACUGAUGUUGGGUGCCAGUUCGGCAGGUGCAGCUGUAAUGAGCUCAAAUUUCGCGUAUAAUGGCAUGGGCGGCUCCGAAAAGAUAGAUCCAUUUGCGCAGCGCGCUGAGGAAGAAGCCACAGCCACUACGAGCCAACCGCUUGCGAAAACAGUCAAUUCGCGCCUUAAAGCCGGUGCCUUGCGCAACAUUAAGCUUACCAAAUAAUCAAUACUCAAUAGUCAAGCCUUAAUCUCAAUUUAAUUUUUGUUAAGCACUGUUUACAAUUAAUUUAUAAGUGGAUGUUAUUGAAACUCUGAUCAUUGAGUAUGGAAAUAAGUUAGUAAUGAUUAUAAAAAUAAGAAAUAUAAAGUAAAUGCUUGUAUUAGUAAUUUA